AUGUUCAGCUUUUAUCUUGCUGCGCUAUUUGGUGUGGCCUACGCCUCGCAGACAGUCCUGCGACCAGGGCCAGGGACGGACUUCACCACAUUUCGGAGCUCUAAUUCACCCCACGCGGUGCGUAUCCGACAACAAGAUCAAUCAAUCUGCGCGACAGACUCUGCGCAGUACACGGGAUGGCUAGACAUCGGGCCAAAGCACUUGUUCUUCUGGUACUUCGAGAGCCAGAACGAGGCCGUCGAUCCGCUCACGCUGUGGAUGACUGGUGGGCCCGGGGAUUCCAGCAUGCUUGGCUUAUUCCAGGAGAUCGGUCCCUGUCUGAUCGAUGGAAAUAAUGGAACUGUUGAAAAUCCCUGGGCCUGGUCACGAAACUCAUCAUUACUGUUUGUCGAUCAACCCGUGGAUGUCGGCUUUUCCUACAUCGAUGAGGGUUAUGAGAUCCCGCACGACUCCCAGGAGGCUGCCGCUGACAUGCACCGUUUCCUUCAAAUCUUUGUCUCUGAGAUCUUCCCUCACAAGCGUUCCUCGCCGGUCCAUCUUGCGGGCGAGUCUUAUGCGGGUAAAUACAUCCCAUACCUGGGAGCGGAAAUUGUGACCCAGAAUGAGCGAUAUCCUUCAGAGACCCAGAUCAAUGUUCAGUCGUGUUUAGUGGGAAAUGGCUACAUGUCACCCACGGACACCUUCUAUGGAUACUGGGAAACGCUUUGCACGACCAAGCCGGGUGUCCCGACACCGGUUUUCAACGAGACUCGGUGCGAUAUCAUGGCUGCCAACAUGCCCCGAUGCAUGCAUGUUGCCAAGACCUGUGUCGACAAUCCCGAUCCAGCCAUCUGCAAGGCUGCUGGCUCUGUUUGCUACGAAGGUAUCGUUGGGUGGUAUGAGGAUGAAAGUGGCGCAGGAGGUCGCAACCGCUUUGACAUCACGUCUCCAUGUGAGAUUGAUGAGCUUUGUUACAAAAAAGCCGGUUACAUUCAAGAAUAUCUCAAUUCUCCUGCGGUCUGGAACGCCCUCUCACCCCCGGCGGAGGUCAAGGAAUACAAAUUGGAAUCCAGCGCUGUAGUUGAUGCAUUUGCUACUACACCAGAGGGCAUGACCACUUCUUCCGAUGCAGUCACCUUCCUGCUGUCGCAUGGAGUACAUUUCCUGGCAUACCAGGGAAAUCUCGAUCUAGCCUGCAAUACGGCUGGAACCCUACGGUGGGCCGAUUCGCUUUCCUGGAAGGGACAGGUCGAGUUCGCAUCGACGCCGCUGCGACCUUGGACUUCAACCAUAGCUGGUCACAAUGACACAGUUGGCAUGGCCAAGGAAGUUCGCGUGAACGUAGGUCAGACAGAGACGGCUUCGCGGUUCGCUUUGGUCACGGUGGACGGAGCAGGUCAUUUGGUAGACCAACAUAGUUCCACUAAGGACACUGGACAUCGAUUAGAAGACACAGCCCGUGGCCGCUUUAACGUUCGUAUUCGCUUCGCUCGAUCCCACUCCCGUAAGUUUGCUGCAUGUCCCAUAGGUAAUUCCACCUUCACCGCCCGUGAGAUGAUCUCGCCCAUUUCCAGUCGCACUGGGUCAAUUGUAUCCGAUCCUCCCGACCACAAUGGUCCUUCGCGGGUGUUCCCAAUCACCAAGCGUCUGAUGGAGCGGCACUACGAGAUCAAGACACUCAAUGACCAGCCUUUAUUCUAUGGGGAUGUCUCAUUGUUCACUCCCAAUAAGCCCGACCUGACGCUGCAUGCGGGCGGUAGCAUUCAGGGUCCGGUUGUGGCAGUCUCCAAGUUCCUGAAGCUUUCGGGAAACUACAAGAUUGGAGUCGGGGACCCGGACGACAUGAACCAUGUCCGAUGGGAAGACAUGACCAAGGAGCUCCUUCACAAGCCAGGGUAUCGACUGGAGACCACAAUUCCACGGGGGUUGGAUCAGCCUCUUGGUGAGCGCCGGUCGCUCCUAUGGAAACGCACCCGCAGCGUGGGGGUGUGUGGCGAAACACCAUCCAGACUGUCCGGUCGGAAUUAUAAGCUAGUGGAUGAAUGCAGCGCGCAGGUCCUAGCCGUCUUCUCGGGUGGAAGAAGACCAGGGAGAGGAGGGAAUCUCGAGAUCAGAGUGGAAUACGGGCAAGACUUUGAUCAUCUGGUUUCGAUAUCCUGUUUGGGUUUGUAUGAGAAAUCGAGGUGGCGCAGUCACAGAGGGGCGGCCGGUGGAGGCGGCGGCGGUUGA